UGUCCUGUGAGUGGCUGUAGAGAUGUGGGAAUCUUGGGGUUGUUUACGGCUGGCGGUAGACAGGAUCUGGGCAAGAAACGGUGAACCCGUGAGUAGAGGACAAGAUGCGGGCGGAAGCGAGUGUCCGGCACAGCCCCGCACCCGGCGGGCUCGCCACUCUCCCGGGUGUAUUCGGCGGCGGGACGCGGACGCGGACGCGGACGUGGACGUGGGCGGCUGGUUCGCGAUUCGGUUUCUGGCGUGGUGGAAACUCAGUUCUCAGCACUGAACUGUGAACCUACCUAAAACCGAAACUCAAUUCUCAGCACUGAACCCUGAAUCUGCCAGAACCUUAAGCACACUUUUAAUACUUCUGAUUCACCAACCUGCUGCUUUCUUAACCAGAGCAAAACCUGUAGAGGAGGCAUUCCUGAAAACUCAGUUCCCAACAAGAAAAUCUGUACACCUGCCUGAAGCCUGAAACCCAUCUUGAACACCUCUGAUUCAUCCCACCUGCUGCUUUCUUAACCAGGGAAACAACUGUAAAGGAGGUAAUCGAGAAAAAGGGAGAGAGGGAAGGAGAGAGAACGGGUGCACCAGAGCCUCUAGCCUCUACAACGAACUCCAGACACAUGCACCCCUCCUCUUGUGCAUCUGCUUAUUUCGGUCCAGCAGAAUCAUAUCUGGGACCUUUGGCUUUGCAGAAAAUGUCUGCUGAAGAUCGAGAAGCUCAGGAGGAUGAGUUGCUGGUCCUGGAGAGUAUUUAUGAUGCAGAUGAGUUCAGAAAAGCAGAGUCUGUCCAAGGUGGAGAAACCAGGAUCUACUUGGAUUUGCCACAAAAUUUCAAGGUAUUUGUGAGCAAUAGUUCAAAUGAGUGCCCUGCCCUUGGGAGAGAUUUUGAACACACCAUUUGCUAUCUGCCACCGCUUGUGCUGAACUUUGAACUGCCCCCAGAUUACCCAUCCUCCUCUCCACCUUCCUUCACACUUACUAGCAAAUGGCUGUCACCAGCUCAGCUCUCUGCUCUCUGCCAGCACUUAGACAACCUAUGGGAAGAACACCGAGGCAGUGUGGUGCUGUUCUCAUGGCUGCAGUUUCUUAAGACGGAGACCCUCGAGUACCUGAAUAUCGUCUCUCCUUUUGAGCUCAAGAUGGGGUCUCAGAACAAAGUCCAGAGAAGGGUGGCUGAAGCCUCUUCCAACACAGAGCUGGAUUUAGGAGGAGCUGCUGGAUCUGAUGUUGAGCAAGAGGAGGCUGUAGAUGAGAGGGCUGUGCAGGAUGUGGAGUCAUUGUCAAGUCUGAUCCAGAACAUCUUGGACUUUGACCAAGCUCAGCAGACAAAAUGCUUUAAUAGUAAAUUGUUCCUGUGCAAUAUCUGCUUUUGUGAGAAGCUGGGUAGCAAAUGCAUGUGCUUCUUGGAUUGCAAACACGUGUAUUGUAGAGCCUGCCUGAAGGACUAUUUUGAAAUCCAGAUCAGAGAUGGCCAAGUUCAAAGCCUCAACUGCCCAGAACCCAAGUGUCCUUCAGUGGCCACUCCUGGUCAGGUCAAGGAGCUGGUGGAAGCAGAGUCAUUCGCCCGUUACGACCGCCUUCUCCUCCAGUCUACCUUGGAUAUGAUGCCAGAUGUCGUGUACUGCCCCCGCCCGUGCUGCCAGCUGCCUGUGAUGCAAGAGCCUGGCUGUACCAUGGGCAUCUGCCCCAGUUGCAGUUUUGCCUUCUGUACCUUGUGCAGAUUGACCUACCAUGCGAUGGCUCCAUGUAAGGUAGAUGCAGACAAAUUAAAAGAGUUACGCAAAGAAUACCUGCAAGCAGAUGAGGCCAAUAAAAGAUUAUUGGAACAGAGGUAUGGUAAGAGAGUGAUUCAGAAGGCCUUGGAAGAGAUGAGAAGUAAAACGUGGCUGGAUAAUAACUCAAAGAGCUGCCCUUCUUGCGGGACUCCUAUACAGAAGUCAGAUGGAUGUAACAAGAUGUUAUGUCCUGGCUGUAAACAUUAUUUCUGCUGGAUCUGCAUGGGAUCUCUCUCUCGAGCAAACCCUUACAAACAUUUCACUGAUCCUAGUUCUCCAUGCUUUAGCAGAUUGUUCCAGGGUAUGGUUUUUGAGGAUGAUAAUUAGCGUGGAUGAAACUGAUCACUAGUUAACUUUUGCUCAUGAUAGGGAAGUGGAAUGUUUCAUUAAACAAGUGCACAAAGAAACCUUGCAAGACAAUGAGGGCACCAUGCAUUCACUCUUCCUGUGUAGAAGACAAGGAGGAACAGGUUUAUAUUUCCUGGUGACACUACUGAUAAGACACAUUCACACACUUUUCCACAUCACAUACAAUUACAAGACCAAGUUCAGACACUGAAAACUAUAGAAUAGAGAAUAUUGUAAUAUAUCCAAAUCUUUGAAUAAAUAUUUUCUUCAUCAAUCUUUAGCUAAAACUUAGGGUCUGGUUAAAUUUACAAAAGUGGGUCCAAGAACAAUCCCUUGGAGACAUUCUUAAGGAGCUGGAGUGAGUCAAGGCCUUAUUAAAAUUGUAGUGGGAGUCUGCUCUCAUUCACUACAUGUUGUUCACAUUCCUUCCAACCUAAAGUUCUGCUGUUGGUUCUCUUUGGAGAGACGUUUUUACUCUGUGACUGUGUCCCAGUGUCAUUUUGAUUUGGUUUUCAGAAUUGAUAUGUUUAAUACUUAAGAUGUUUUUGAUGUAUAAUAUUUUUGACCCUAUGGGUCACUUGAUGUUCUGCCUGAUUUUUCGGUUUUGAGCUAAAUCUAGAUUUUAGUGAUUGUGGCUCAGAAGAGUUUGCUGUUGUGCUUUCCUGGGGAGUGGAGCUUUGACUCCAGCUUGUCUUUGUUCCUGUUUGUUCUGCAUUUUCUCCUUUUACCUCCUUCACACCUUCUGUUGACAAGCACAGUUUUAGACUUAAUUCCAUAGACAAACUCUUUCAUUUGCUGCUGUCAUAUGAGAAAUCAUUGUAUAUUCUUAGUCUGAAUGUGUUUAAAAAAAGUUUUUGUUUUUGUUUUUGUUCAUGUUGCACUACUGAUCAGAAAACUCAUACAUUUUUUCCACUUCAUAUAAACUUAUGAGGCAAGGAUUCAGCCAUUGGAAUCUAUAGAAUAGAAAAUAUUAUAAUAUUCCCAAAUCUUUGAACAGUUGAAUAUUCUCUUAUUCAAUCUUUAGUAAAACUCAGUGUCCAGUUAAAUAUAAAAAGCUUUGUCCAAGAAUCCUUGGAGAUGUUCUGUUGGAGUUGUAGUGAGUUGAAUCUUUACUAAAAUUGUGCUGGGAGCCUGAUCUCAUUCACUCCAUGUUGUUCACAUUCCUUCCAACCUAAUUUUUUUCCUUAUUUAAAUUUAUUUAUUAGAGAGCGAGAGGGAGGGGGAGAGAGAAAGAGAAUGGGCCUGUUAGGCCUUUCAGCCACUGCAAACAAACUCCUGACACAUGCGCUCCC